AUGGCUGGAAUGCGCAGGCGGCAUUCGGUGGCUGUCCCGGCGAUUGGCCUGGGUAUGGACCGGGGCAGCUUGGUGAGACCUAUCUGAUAUUCAGUCUAAGACUAGACUACUUCCUACAUAUGAGUUGAUUUGAUUGAACAAAUGAGCAGCAACAGUCAGUUAUUUUACCUAAGGCUAGUGAUUGUCUAUAGGCUACAUUUGAUUUGACACUUGCCUCAACCAUUUUUUGUACAUUCGAGAACAGAACUGUAUCAAGAGGAGUUUUCUUGUUGCUACUGCUGGCAAAUAAAUUAAGAUAAAAUAUUAGUUUUACUCACAAUGCAGGCUAUACAGCACGGUGCUGAAGAUGAUGAUGAAAUAACAUGUUGUGGCUCCAUGAUCUGUUCACUGCUUCAGCUGAAGAAGUCACUGUUAGGAAGGAAGGGUAGACUAUUCCAGUGUUAAUGGCAUUUCCUGGUUGUUCAUUUAAUUCCGGUUUUAUGACAUAAGAGCUCAGUUUCUAGUUAUCUUGUUUCUAGUUUCUGACUAACACCAUUCCUACCAUGAUCCUGGCUACUCCUCCCAGUUGUCUGCCAUUCGGACGAUAUCUAUUAGGCUAGCUACAAUGAAUUUGGUCUCAUCUCACAUGGCAUUGCCUCCCUGAAGACCCAGAUAUAAUAUUUGCCAUGUUCCUCCAUGGCCCGUUUUGACCAUUUUAUGAAAGAUUUCCUCUGUGUGGGUAGACGGUGAGUGUUACUGUCUGUGUGUCCACCAGCUGUAAUGGUUACAGUCUGCUGAACCAUAUGACUGGGUGUGUGACUGUGUCCUCAGGCUGUCUGUGGCCUAGCUAGCAUGAGUCAGCUAGUUGACAUUCAGAAGUGGGAACUAGGCCCAAUGGAUAUAUCAUCAAUAUGUUGUUUGUUUCUAGUACUUGUUGUUGUGGAAUAGGCCUAUAUCAGACAUUUUCCUUCUCAGCCUCUUCCUGGUAGUCUAUGUGAACUAGGCCUAAUGGGGCGUGGAGUUGAUGGCAUGAAAUGUUGUCAUCAAUAACAAAAAAAAAACAUGUUGUUUGUAUGCUUCACUUUGUUGUUGUGGAAAAUCCGAUUUCAAAUGUUAAUUUUUAAUUUUACCCCCUUUUUCUCCCAAAUUUCGAUAUUUUCUCAUCGCUGCAACUCCCCAACGGGCUCGGGAGGCGAAGGUCGAGUCAUGCGUCCUCCGAAACAUGUCCCGCCAAACCGCGCUUCUUAACACCCGCCCUCUUAACCUGGAAGCCAGCUGCACUCUAGCACUGCGCUGCAGUGCCUUAGACCGCUGCGCCACUCGGGAGGCCCCGAUCUCAAAUAUUUUAUCGUAGAUCAAAACUAAAGAGUCAGUUGUCAUUGUUUCUUGUCUGUGAUUUAAAUGACAUAUUUCCUCACAGAGAAUCUCAAAGAUCACAAGAAAUCAAGCCGAGUUGAGGCUGUGGACUUGGCCUAACACCGGCUGUGUCUAGGACUAACACCGGCUGUGUCUAGAACUUGACACACUCUCAGUGCCAUCAAAGCAUUUGUCUGUUUCUCACACAACUUAGGCAACAGCACUCACAAAGUCCUCUGUCCUAAGCUAUGUCCUCUCUCUCCACCCCCACCCACACCCCCCCAGCUCUCUGGCAGCCCCCUCCUGAGCAAGAUGAGUGCAGACGGGGGAGGCAAGCCUGCCAAAGUGGGCUCGGUGGUGGAGGUGAUCGGUAAGGGCCAGCGUGGCACUGUGGCAUAUGUGGGCGCUACGCUCUUCGCCACGGGCAAGUGGGUGGGUGUGAUCCUGGACGAGCCCAAGGGCAAGAAUGAUGGCACGGUCCAGGGGAAGAGAUACUUCCAGUGUGAUGAAAACUGCGGCAUCUUUGUGCGCCAGUCCCAGGUAACUAAGCUAACACAACACACACCCACUCACACAGACUCUCUCUCUCUAACACGACACACACACACACCCACUCACACAUACUCUCUCUCUCUAACUGUGACACACACCCACUCACACAGACUCUCUCUCUCUAACUGUGACACACACACAUACAUUGUGGAAGAGUAGUAGACUGGUGUAUUGAACCCGUCUCCCUCUCUCUCCUGAUCAGAUCCAGCUAGUGGAAGAUGGAUCCAGUGCCACCUCUCCAGACACCCCAGAGUCUGCCACUGCCAAGUUCCUGCCCAAGCAGAAAGGUAAGCAGAAUAACUAAGCUGUAGCCUUCAUUUACAUGGCCUCAGUGGGCAUCAGGGUUGGGGUUAAUUUCAGUUUGACAAAUAAUAAUAAUCUGGCUCUUUUGUCCAUGAUAAUCUCAUCAUGUAGGCUAUACCUGCACUGUGUCUGUGAGUUGUUGGCUAAGGCAACGUGCCGAUACCAGAGUGGGCACACUCGCUAUAUAAUGCUAUUUCUUUUGUGAGAAAACAGUCAGUAGAGUUGAAAAUGUGAUGGAAACCCAUUUAACUUGUAUUUUUUAUUGGGUACAUGAGAAUGAAACCUCAAAAGUAAUUUUUAUGUGCACUACGUCAUCACGCACAGCCUUUUAUCCACAACAAGACAAUUAGAUUUUAGAAUAUUCGCAGGAAACCUAGCUACUGUAACACUUCAUAUUACGGUCCACUUAAAAGUAUUUCUAAAGGGUUUAUAAGUCGUUUAUUAACUGUUAAUUAUGAGUUUGUGUGUUUUAUAAUAACAUGUGAUCUGUUCUUUCUGUUUUUAUCUUCAGACAUUCCUGAGAUUCCAAAAUCAGUCAAACAGGUACAGUAAAAAUACACUUUGUUUCGGAGCGAUUUCCAUCCCUCCUCCUCCUCUCCUUUUCUCUCCCUCCAAGUGACCAACCUCUUCACUCUUCUCUACUUCUCUCUCUCCCUCUCUCCUCUCCUUUCCCCUAAAUACCAUUACAGAUGCCCAUUGCCAAGAAGGUAUAGAUAUUUAAAACUAUGCUCACAUACUUUGCCAUGGUGGUUGCUUGCUUGUCACGUUUUCUUUUGAAUUAGGCUGUUCAGGGUUAUAUUUUUGGUCUGUCGUAGCUUUUCUGUUGUUCGUCUUUUGGACUGUAAACUGCUAAUGCUUCACAUGGGUGUUUCACAUCACCGUACAUUUUUGUUGCAUUUUCACUUUGGUUCUAUGACACAUUUAGGAGCAUGGUGUCCCAUUUUCGGGCUGUUGAGGUGAAUUAUUUAGAUUUUUGUUUCAGACGCAAGUGUAUUCUUGCUUGCAUUGUGAUGCGCCGUGUUUUUGCCUCGACUUCACUUGGGAUUUUUAUUUUUGGAUUUAUUUUAAGUCAUGUUAUAAACUUUCUAACAUCAUCUUCACCCACUUAUCUAUUAACUACAGUACGUCACCUCAGUUUUUGAAAGUAGUGGUUAUCAGCGCAAACUUCAUACUUGCAUAAAGACUUAAAGAAAAAUUCUACCCAAAAACAAUUUUUUGGUAUUUGUUUCAUUAGUCAAUUGUUGAUAUAGUCCCAAAAUGUUUUGCAGGUCAGCAAUCAAGUUUUCAAGAUGUAUAACUUUCAAAAUAGAGAAAUACAGCCGGUAUUAUGCCUGUCGCAUCAAACCGACUGUAUUUCUGUAUGUCAACAAUGAACUAAUGAAUCAAAUACCAAAAGAGAGUUUUUGGGUGGAGUUUUCCUUUAAGUGGUUAUGGUGCAUGUAGUAACAGCCUGAUGCGGUGUGUUUAGACUAAUAUUAACCCUGUGUGUUUCUGCUCCCUGCCCUGCUAACUACUGCCCUUCGCCAUCUCUGCUGGGCCUGUGUGUGUGUGUGUGUUCUCUCUCCUCUCCUCCCCUCCUCCUCCUCCAGUUCGUCACCCGUCGUAGCACCAAGGUGAGCUGGUUAUGAACAGCAGACGCUGAGGUAACAGGGUACCGUUAAAGAAGAGCUCACCUGUCCAUUCCUACUGUAGAUCAUGUCCUCAUUGUCAUGUUACAGCAGACGCUGAGGUAUCAGGGGACCGUUAAAGAAGAGCUCACCUGUCCAUUCCUACUGUAGAUCACGUCAUCAUUGUCAUGUUACAGCAGUACGUUUUGCGCUAGAUUAGAGUAAUGGAAUGUUGAUCAUCUCAGGAAUAUGGAAGAUGUAGGUAUGUGACAGAGUAGGAAAGUAGCAAACCACAGUCUGGAAAGGAAUGAUGUUUUAGAGUUUGAGAUCUACUGCUACAGUUUAACAUCAUCGACUGAGAUAGAAGUCAAUAGUCAGUAUGUGACAGGAGAGUAUGUCACACGCCAGUACAUGGGGUGUGUGUGUAUCUGUGUAGGUCUAACUAUAGUAUGUGAGUGUAGUAGAGUGUAUAAAGUUGUUCUAGAGGAUGUCCUCAGGAACAGAGAACAGCAGUAGACCGUUCUUCAACCCCUAACACAGUCUACUCUCACACAACAGUGGAACACUCCAGGUCGCCUCUCCUCCUCCAGCUCCCUUCCCUCCCUCCUCAUGGUACGUUCCAGGCCUCAAACCACCUGACUCCCCUGGGAGAGACCAACUCUAGUCCUGGAGGGGUGAACUCUGGUCAUUCGGGUCAUUGGUCAAAGGUCAAAAUCACCACAAUAACUGGAAAAACGACAGCGUAGUUUAGUUUUAGUAUUUGAAACCAAGUCCCCACAGAAAGUGAAGCUGUAACUUACUACUGUAGUAGUUUACCUUCCCUCUAAAACCAGAGUUCACCCUUUUACACACAGUUCAGUUCACCUGGCCAGUUCCUUGUGCACUGUUGCUACUUUUAGUGUAGGCCAGAUCAGCACAGUAAAGGGUGACUUCUAUGGCUCUGGGUGUGGUAUUUGCUCACCACUGCAGGUGCACUUAGGUAUGGCUUUACCGGAGUUCACCUGGGUUCCGGGUGGAAUGUGUCUGUGUUCAGUUCCGGGUGCAGUCUGUUUUAAUGGUCACUGGGAUUAGCAGGUAAUGGUACGGUCUCACAGAUGUACUUCUCUUUUUACAUGUGUUUGACUUUUAUUUCUCUUUCUCCCUCUUCCUGUUCUCCUCUCUCGCUCCCUUUUCUCUUUGUCUUUUCUUCGCCUCUCUCUCGCUCCCUCCCCCCUCUCCCCCUCCCACCUCCCCCAACUCUCUCCCUCCCCCCUCUCCAGGCUCCCCGGGCCACCGGCCUGUCCAGCUCUCGGUCCAGGGAGGAUGUCAGCGAGGGCAGCCUGUCUUCCAAGGGUGCGCUGGGGGCUCCCGUUGUCCCCAUGCCCAGCGGCAUCCCCGCCACGCCCGGCGCUCCACCCCCCGCCACCCCUAGCAAGGUCAGUCCACAACCCCCCCCCGUGGCCAAUCAGAUCAUUACCUUAGGUUCUGGAGAGCUUUUGAUCUAGCACAGAAAGAAAACACCCAUUAUCAUUGAUAAGUUGUUGGAUGUUUUUAGUGCUGGGCUGGAACAAAAGCCUACAGUUCUCCAGAUCCACUGAUGUUAUGUCAUUUAUAUAGAGCUGAGACGACGAACUGAAAAUGAUCGACACAGACCACUUAUUGAGGACGUUUUGAUGACAUCGUUCAUUACGAUAACUAGUCUAUACUACAGAAAAGGGAAGUUUGAAAUUAAGUUAGCUAAUAUGGGGUGAUUGUUGGCAUAAUGGCGACGGUGCAUAAAGAUGGAAGCCCCCAUGUACUUACCACAAAUUCCUUGUUUUGCUAAGUUUGCUGUAUUGUACAUUGCUCUCCGUUAUCUAUAUAUUUGUAUGGUCAUUAGCACUGUAUACAUGAUUCCAAAGCUUCAAGACGCCGGCAAUUUGGAAAAACAAAAAGGUAGAUUGUGCUGAUUUACUGGCACAUUGAACCAUGUCAUGCCCCGUAGUUUAAGAACUCUGGGGUAGUGCUAAAAACAAUGACGUCAUAUCUGAAUUCCUCCAUCUUUAUGGACCGUCGACCAUUGAUAGCUACAACAUUCAAACUAGCAGUAGUAGUUUGAGGGGUAACCAACAACAAAAAAAUGGUGCACAUUAUUAUAAACGUAUCAUUCUAUUUUAUUGUUAUUGUAUUGAUUCAGUCAGUUUAUCGUGAUUAUGGCUUUUUGUCCACAUCACCCAGCUCUACCAUAAUAUCACCUCAAUCCAUUGUGUUUCCUCAUUACGUCUUCUGUUGACUGUUGUGUUCCAUCCAUGUUGUCGUUGUAAACAGGCUGAGCCUCCUGCAUCAAAGCAGGUAGGGUAACAGUACCUGGACGCAUGCUUAGAUCUGGUCUGAGCAUGUUGUUUGACUAACAAACCAAGGCUGAGUCCCAAAUGGCACCCUAUUCCCUAUGUAGUGCACUACUUAAUAGGGAAUACGGUACCAUUUGGGAUGUAUCCAGAGUUAGGGUUUUUCAGAAGGGUGCUACUCCUCAACCUCACUAACACGGCACUUCCCCUGCAUGCCAACAGAGGGCAGUGUCUUCUGUUUAAUAUUACUGAAGGAGUUACUCCAGACAUGGUUCUUGGUGGUGGGAGCAUGUCUUUGAGCUUUGAAGUGUUUUUGGAAUGUGGGUUCUUAAGUCUCUGGUUGUUUUGAGGUGUCCACUAUCCCCUCUCUCAAUGACCCAUUUCCCCUCCCCAUUUCCCCUCCCCAUUUCCCUUUCCCUCCCACUUCGUUCUUCCCUCUUUCUCUCUCACACCUUAACCUGUCUUUCUUCCCAGGAGGAGGAGUCUCUGCGUGGCCAGGUGAAGGACCUAGAGGAGAAGCUGGAGACCCUGAAAAUGAAGCGGGCGGAGGACAAGGUCUUUUUAAUCAUUUAUUUAUUCUAUUUUUAUUGUUAUUUUUACAGUAUACAGUGGGGGAAAAAAGUUUUUAGUCAGCCACCAAUUGUGCAAGUUCUCCCACUUAAGAAGAUGAGAGAGGCCUGUAAUUUUCAUCAUAGGUACACGUCAACUAUGACAGACAAAUUGAGGAAAAAAAUCCAGAAAAUCACAUUGUAGGAUUUUUAAUGAAUUUAUUUGCAAAUUAUGGUGGAAAAUAAGUAUUUGGUCACCUACAAACAAGCAAGAUUUCUGGCUCAAGUAUUUGGUCACCUACAAGCAAGCAAGAUUUCUGGCUCUCACAGACCUGUAACUUCUUCUUUAAGAGGCUCCUCUGUCCUCCACUCGUUACCUGUAUUAAUGGCACCUGUUUGAACUUGUUAUCAGUACAAAAGACACCUGUCCACAACCUCAAACAGUCACACUCCAAACUCCACUAUGGCCAAGACCAAAGAGCUGUCAAAGGACACCAGAAACAAAAUUGUAGACCUGCACCAGGCUGGGAAGACUGAAUCUGCAAUAGGUAAGCAGCUUGGUUUGAAGAAAUCAAAUGUGGGAGCAAUUAUUAGGAAAUGGAAGACAUACAAGACCACUGAUAAUCUCCCUCGAUCUGGGGCUCCACGCAAGAUCUCACCCCGUGGGGUCAAAAUGAUCACAAGAACGGUGAGCAAAAAUCCCAGAACCACACGGGGGGACCUAGUGAAUGACCUGCAGAGAGCUGGGACCAAAGUAACAAAGCCUACCAUCAGUAACACACUACGCCGCCAGUCACUCAAAUCCUGCAGUGCCAAGACGUGUCCCCCUGCUUAAGCCAGUACAUGUCCAGGCCCGUCUGAAGUUUGCUAGAGUGCAUUUGGAUGAUCCAGAAGAGGAUUGGGAGAAUGUCAUAUGGUCAGAUGAAACCAAAAUAGAACUUUUUGGUAAAAACUCAACUCGUCGUGUUUGGAGGACAAAGAAUGCUGAGUUGCAUCCAAAGAACACCAUACCUACUGUGAAGCAUGGGGGUGGAAACAUCAUGCUUUGGGGCUGUUUUUCUGGAAAGGGACCAGGACGACUGAUCUGUGUAAAGGAAAGAAUGAAUGGGGCCAUGUAUCGUGAGAUUUUGAGUGAAAACCUCCUUCCAUCAGCAAGGGCAUUGAAGAUGAAACGUGGCUGUGUCUUUCAGCAUGACAAUGAUCCCAAACACACCGCCCGGGCAACGAAGGAGUGGCUUCGUAAGAAGCAUUUCAAGGUCCUGGAGUGGCCUAGCCAGUCUCCAGAUCUCAACCCCAUAGAAAAUCUUUGGAGGGAGUUGAAAGUCUGUGUUGCCCAGCGACAGCCCCAAAAACAUCACUGCUCUAGAGGAGAUCUGCAUGGAGGAAUGGGCCAAAAUACCAGCAACAGUGUGUGAAAACCUUGUGAAGACUUACAGAAAACGUUUGACCUGUAUCAUUGCCAACAAAGGGUAUAUAACAAAGUAUUGAGAAACUUUUGUUAUUGACCAAAUACUUAUUUUCCACCAUAAUUUGCAAAUAAAUUCAUAAAAAUCCUACAAUGUGAUUUUCUGGAGAAAAAAAAUCUCAAUUUGUCUGUCAUAGUUGACGUGUACCUAUGAUGAAAAUUACAGGCCUCUCUCAUCUUUUUAAGUGGGAGAACUUGCACAAUUGGUGGCUGACCUAAAUACUUUUUUCCCCCCACUGUAUCUACAAAAGUAUGUGGACACCCCUUCAAAUGAGUGGAUUCGGCUAUUUCAGCCACACCCGUUGCUGACAGGUGUAUAGAAUCGAGUACACAUCCUUGCAAUCUCCUUAGAGAAACAUUGGCAGUAGAAUGGCCUUACUGAAGAGCUCAGUGACUUUCAACGUGGCAUCGUCCAACAAGUCAGUUCGUCAAAUUUCUGCCCUGCUAGAGCUGCCCCGGUCAACUGAAUGUGCUGUAAUUGUGAAGUGAAAACGUCUAGGAGCAACAACGACUCAGCUGUGAAGUGAUAGGCCACACAAGCUCACAGAACGGGACCGCCGAGUGUUGAAGCGCGUAGAAAUCGUCUGUCCUCGGUUGCAACACUCAUUACCAAGUUCCAAACUGCCUCUGGAAGCAACGUCAGCACAAUAACUGUUCGUUGGGAGCUUCAUGAAAUGGGUUUCCGUGGCCGAGCAGCCGCACACAAGCCUAAGAUCACCAUGCGCAAUGCCAAGCGUCGGCUGGAGUGGUGUAAAGCUCGCCGCCAUUGGACUCUGGAGCAGUGGAAAGGUGUUCUCUGGAGUGAUGAGUCACACUGGCAGUCUGGCAGUCUCACACCAUCUGGCAGUCUUGACUGACGAAUCUGGGUUUGGCGGAUGCCAGGAGAACGCUAUCUUCAUAUUCAGUGGCUGUCUCUGUAUGAAUUGUGCUAUACAAAUAAAGUGUAUUAUUUCUAAAAAAAUAUAUAUUAUUAUUAUUUAUUCAUAUUUAUAAUGAUUAUUCAGGUCAAGCUGAAGGAGCUGGAGAAACACAAGAUCCAGCUGGAGCAGCUGCAGGAGUGGGAAGGACCAAGAUGCAGGAGCAGCGGCCGACCUGCAGAACACAACUCAGAAGAGGCCAAAGCAAGAGACAGACACACCAGGAAACGAUGAAAUGAAUAAACCUCUAUAAUAAUAAAUAAUAAUAUGGCCAUUUAGCAGACGCUUGUAUCCAAAGCGACUUACAGGCAUGCGUGCAGACAUUUCUUUUUUGUAUGGGUGGUCCCUGGGGAUCGAACCUUGGCGUACAAGCGCCGUGCUCUACCAGCUGACCUACAGAGGACCACUAUGGUAGUCAUCAUUGAAAUUAAUACAGAACCUUGACGGUUCUUUUUGGGUUCCUGUCCACUUCUCUUAUUAGAUUAGAUCCGAGUACUUGGCAAGACUUCAAAUCACAUACCGGUAGUCAUUAACCUAGGAUAAUUAAAAGGCAAUCCCUUAUAAAUACCAGGUAUGGAUGUCUAGGUUUUCAGGUACCCAAUUUUAGCUUUGGUCAGAUUGACAUUGCUAAUGAUGUCCACUCUUGUUAUUCGGGGAUUUUGCACAUAUUUUAUCUGGCUUUGUUCACACACAAAUGGGAGAUUUACACUAAUGUUCCUCUGUCAGGAUGCCCGGGAGGCUUUGGAGGCGAAAGACCGCUACAUGGAGGAGAUGUCAGACACGGCGGACGCCAUCGAGAUGGCCACCCUGGACAAGGAGAUGGCCGAGGAGCGGUCCGAAAGCCUGCAGGUGGAGGUGGAGUCGCUGAAGGAGAAGGUGGAGGAACUCACCAUGGACCUGGAGAUCAUUAAACACGAGGUUGAGGAGAAAGGUUAGAGGUCACUAGUAGUGUGUUGAUAUAAAAGGCUGCUCAAUUUAUGGUAUCUCAUCCCAUACAGAGGGUCAAAGGUCAUACCCCCAAAACAUACUAACCUCCCCUGUUAUUGUAAUGGUGAGAGGUUAGCAUGUCUUGGGGGUAUGAUCUUUGACCCUCUGUAACUUUGUCACUCAUCAUUAUUCACGAUUCAUUCAGGAUUAUCUGUAAUCAUGGUAGCAUCCACAUUAUUGUAGAAGUGUUCAGAAACAUUCUUAUGAUUUAAAGUGACUCCAAUGACAAUACAUUAUUUACCAUUAAUUUCAAUUGGACACAAAAUACAUUAAAAUGCAACCAAAGCGAACUGCAAAUGCAUCCAACAAGUUUGUAGACUCACAAGUUUGAUAUAGUCAUUCCGUGCUAGGAAUAUGGGAGCAAAUACUAAACUUUUGACUGCUUUAUUUAUAAUCUUUAGGGGUGUCAAUCAUUUUGGCCCCUACCUUUUGUAUUGAGAAAAAAAAUAUUGUUAAACAAAAUAUUUCUCUGAGCAAUUGUAUUAGUAUAAAAUAAUAUAAUUUCUCAAAGAUAAUGAGCACACAAUAUAGCUCAGUAUUUGAAUGAUUUAUACUGUCAUUAUUGUUAAUCUUUAUCAAGGGUGUCAAUAAUUUCAGACCCCACUAUGUGUUUAUUUUUAAACAAUUCUUAACAAUAAACAAACAAAGUAGCUAUCAUAUUUGACAAGGACUUAUCCAGUAUUGCUUGGCAAACCUAACCUAACUCUAUUGCUUCUCCAGGGUCUGACGGAGCUGCCUCUAGUUACCACGUCAAGCAGCUGGAGGAGCAGAACAGCAGGCUGAAAGAUGCUCUGGUCAGGUGCGUGUACCUCAAACUCAAAAACAACCACAAAUGCGUUAUGGUUUUAUUUCUUGAAAAGUUUGACCAAACUGUCUCAUGUUACAUGAUGUUUCAUUGAGAUCUAGUGCCCCAUCUGGGUACACUUCGGUGUCUCUUCCCUUCUGGAUUUGCUCAAAAUGAUAUGUCUGUCACUUCUUGUAUCCUAAGGGGCAGUUUCCUGGACAUGGACACAGAUUGAGCCUAGUCCUGGACUAAAAGGCAUGCUCAUUGGAGAAUCUCCAUUAGAAGUGUUUUUUAGUGCAGUACUGCAGUUCAUCUGGGUCUGGGAAAGCAGCCUUAAACGUUUCCCUUUUGGUUUGAUCUUUAACAUAAAUAUUUCUUCCCCUCCCUCAGGAUGCGUGACCUGUCGUCGUCUGAGAAGCAGGAGCACGUGAAGCUGCAGAAGCAGAUGGAGAAGAAGAAUGGAGAGCUGGAGACUCUGAGGACCCAGAAGGAGAAACUACAGGAGGAGAUGAAGCAGGCUGAGGCCACCAUCGAUGAGCUGAAGGAGCAGGUCAGUUAACCAGUCAGCCAGGCCACCAUCAGUGAGCUGAAGGAGCAGGUCAGUUAGCCAGUCAGUCAGCCAGUCAGUGAACAGGUCAGUCAACCAGUCUGUCGUCCAGUCAGCCAGUCAGCCAGGCCACCAUCGAUGAGCUGAAGGAGAAGGUCAGUCAACCGGUCAGUCAGCCAUUCAGUUAGCCAGCCAGACCAUUAUCAACAAGCUCAAAGAUCAGGUCAGUCAACCAAUCAGUCAGCCAGCUAUUUUACUAUCAACGAGCUCAAAUCACAGGUCAUUCGGUCAGUGAGACAGCCAGCCAGGCCUUUAUCAACAAGCUCAAAGAAAAUGUCAGUCAACCAGUCCGUCCGUCAGUUAGUUAGCCAGCCAGCCAUUCAGCCAUUAACGAGCUCAAAGAACAGGUCAGUCAACCAGUCAGUCGGUUUGUCAGUCAGCCAGUCAUUUUACUAUCAACGAGCUCAAAGAAAAGGUCGUUCAGUUAGCCAGUCAGACAGCCAGCCAGGCCAUUAUCAACAAGCUCAAAGAACAGGUCAGUCAGCCAGUCAGUCAGUCAGGCCACCAUCAAUGAGAUCAGUGAACAGGUUAGCCAGUUGCUCAUAUAGAGCAGGGGUUGUCAACCUUUUUAUGCUCAGGGACGCCCUCCCUGGCAAACCGGCGACCCAGGGACCCCCUCCAAGACAAACCUGCGACCUAGGGAACCUCUUCAUACAUUAGUAAAAAAAUUACUUUUCACGUCUUGUCAUAUUAUCAGGUGCAUGUCCAAGCCAAGAAAGCUUUCCAGCGGCCGCACUGGUAGCCUAUUCGCAGGUGCUUUUUCAAAGCCUAUGACAGAUCGUCCAACGAGUGUAAUUUGCUCAAUAUUUGGAUUUGAGAAAUGAAGUUCACAUCAUUAGAAAUAAGAUAUUCUCCUUUUUUUCGAUUAGUUGUUCUACUUGUUGCUAGCAAUAUUCAUAAAUACAUUGAAAUAAUAAAAAAUAAAUAUACAGUACCAGUCAAAAGUUUGGACACCUACUCGUUCCAGGGUUUUUCUUUAUUUUUACUAUUUUCUACAUUGUAGAAUAAUAGUGAAGACAUCAGAACUAUGAAAUAACACAUGGAAUCAUGUAGUAACCCAAAAAGUGUUAAACAAAUGAAAAGGAUUCUUCAAAUAGCCACCCUUUGCCUUGAUGACAGCUUUGCACACUCUUGGCAUUCUCUCAACCAGCUUCAUGAGGUAGUCACCUGGAAUGCAUUUCAAUUAACAGGUGUGCCUUGUUAAAAGUUAAUUUGUAGAAUUUCUUUCCUUCUUAAUGCGUUUGAGCCAAUCAGUUGGGUUGUGACAAGGUAGGGGGGGGUAUACAGAAGAUGGCCCUAUUUGGUAAAAGACCAAGUCCAUAUUAUGGCAAGAACAGCUCAAAUAAGUAAAGAGAAACGACAGUCCAUCAUUACUUUAAGACAUGAAGGUCAGUCAAUCCGGAAAAUGUCUAAAACUUUUAAAGUUUAUUCAAAUGCAGUUGCAAAAACCAUGAAGCGCUAUGAUGAAACUGGCUCUCAUGAGGAUCACCAUAGGAAAGGAAGACCCAGAGUUACCUCUGCUGCAGAGGAUAAGUUACCGUAAUUUUCGGACUAUAAGCCGCGCCUUUUUUCCAAUUUUUCGACCCUGCGGCUUAUAUAACGGUGCGGCUAAUCUAUGGAUUUUUACAGCUAACGGCCACUAGAAGACCUCCUAAAUCUAUGGAUUUUACAGGUUACAGUCCACCAACUUUAACUCUAUGGGCUCUAUGACCGGUCCGCGCCCCCCACCUUUAAGAGGCGGGCUCCAGCAGGAAAAGCUGGAGGCCGGAAAAGAGUGAGACAGGUAGCGCGCAAAAGUAAAAGUGGAACCGAGAGUGGUACGAGAGACAGAACGAGAGACAGAACGAGAGCAAGACAGACAGACAUUACGAGAGCGAGAUGAUUGAAAUGUUGAAAUGUUAAUAAAUGGGAGCUUCCUCAAGCAGCCAUCUCUUUCCCGACAAUCCCCUCUGUGCACGAACCCUUACAUAUGGUAAUUAAACAUUAAAACACCUGCGGCUUAUAUAUGUACACAUCAUUCAAUUUAGCUGCUGCGGCUUAUACUCCGGUGCGCCUUAUAGUGCGGAAAAUAAGGUAAUUAAAAGUUACCAGCCUCAGAAAUUGCAGCCCAAAUAAAUGCUUCACAGAGUUCAAGUAACGGACACAUCUCAACAUCAACUGUUCAGAGGAUACCGUGAAUCAGGCCUUCAUGGUCGAAUUGCUGCAAAUAAACCACUACUAAAGGACACCAAUAAGAAGAAGAGACUUGCUUGGGCCAAGAAACACGAGCAAUGGACAUUAGACCGGUGGAAAUCUGUCCUUUCAGAUUUUUGGUUCCAACCGCCGUGUCUUUGUGAGACGCAGAGUAGGUGAACGGAUGAUCUCUGCAUGUGUGGUUCCCACUGUGAAGCAUGAAGGAGGAGGUGUGAUGGUGUAGGGGUUCUUUGCUGGUGACACUGGCUGUGAUUUAUUUAGAAUUCAAGGCACACUUAACCAGCAUGGCUACCACAGCAUUCUGCAACGAUACGCCAUCCCAUCUGGUUUGCGCUUAGUGGGUCUAUCAUUUGUUUUUCAACAGGACAGUGACCCAAAACACACCUCCAGGCUGUGUAAGGGCUAUUUGACCAAGGAGAGUGAUAGAGUGCUGCAUCAGAUGACCUGUUCUCCACAAUCACCCGACCUCAACCCAAUUGAGAUGGUUUGGCAUGCGUUGGACCGCAGAGUGAAGGAAAAGCAGCCAACAAGUGCUCAGCAUAGGUGGGAACUCCUUCAAGACUAUUGGAAAAGCAUUCCUUAUGAAGCUGGUUGAGAGAAUGCCAAGAGUGUGAAAAACUGUCAACAAGGCAAAGGGGUGGCUACUUUGAAGAAUCUAAAAUAUACUUUGAUUUAACACUUUUUUUUGCUUACUACAUGAUUCCAUGUGUUAUUUCAUAGUUUUGAUGUCAUCACUAUUAUUCUACAAUGUAGAAAAUAGUAAAAAUUUAGAAAAUCCCUUGAAUGAGUAGGAGUGUCCAAACUUUUUAUUGUACUGUGUAUAUAUACAAGUUUACAUACACCUUCGCCAAAUACAUUUAAACUCAGUUUUUCACAAUUCCUGACAUUUAAUCAUAGUAAAUAUUCCCUGUCUUAGGUCAGUUAGGAUCACCACUUUAUUUUAAGAAUGUGAAAUAAUAUUAGAGAGAAUGAUUUAUUUCAGCUUUUAUUUCUUUCAUCAAAUUCCCAGUGGGUCAGAAGUUUACAUACACUCAAUUAGUAUUUGGUAGCAUUGCCUUUAAAUUGUUUAACUUGGGUCAAACGUUUCGGGUAGCCUUCCACAAGCUUUCCACAAUAAGUUGGGUGAAUUUUGGCCCAUUCCUCCUGACAGAGCUGGUGUAACUGAGUCAGGUUUGUAGGCCUCCUUGCUCGCACACGCGUUUUCAGUUCUGCCCACAAAUGUUCUAUAGGAUUGAGAUCAGGUCUUUGGGAUGGCCACUCCAAUACCUUGACUUUGUUGUCCUUAAGCCAUUUUGCCACAACUUUGGAAGUAUGCUUGGGGUCAUUGUCCAUUUGGAAGACCCAUUUGUGACCAAGCUUUAACUUCCUGACUGAUGUCUUGAGAUGUUGCUUCAAUAUAUCCACAUAAUUUUCCUUCUUCAUGAUGCCAUCUAUUUUGUGAAGUGCACCAGACCCUCCUGCAGCAAAGCACCCCCACAGCAUGAUGCUGCCACCCCCGUGCUUCACGGUUGGGAUGGUGUUUUUCGGCUUGCAAGCGCCCCCCUUUUCCUCCAAACAUAACGAUGGUCAUUAUGACCAAACAGUUCUAUUUUUGUUUCAUCAGACCAGAGGACAUUUCUCCAAAAAGCACGAUCUUUGUCCCCAUGUGCAGUUGGAAACUGUAGUCUGGCUUUUUUAUGGCGGUUUUGGAGCAGUGGCUUCUUCCUUGCAGAGCGGCCUUUCAGGUUAUGUCGAUAUAGGACCCGUUUUUUCUGUGGAUAUAGAUACUUUUGUACCUGUUUCCUCCAGCAUCUUCACAAGGUCCUUUGCUGUUGUUCUGGGAUUGAUUUGCACUUUUCGCACCAAAGUACGUUCAUCUCUAGGAGACAGAACGCGUCUCCUUCCUGAGCGGUAUGAUGGUUGUGUGGUCCCUUGGUGUUUAUACUUGCGUACUAUUGUUUGUACAGAUGAACGUGGUACCUUCAGGCAUUUGGAAAUUGCUCCCAAGGAUGAACCAGACUUGUGGAGGUCUACAAAUUUUUUUGCUGAGGUCUUGGCUGAUUUCUUUUGAUUUUCCCAUGAUGUCAAGCGAAGAUGCACUGAGUUUUUGAAGGUAGGCCUUGAAAUACAUCCACAGGUACACCUCCAAUUGACUCAAAUGAUGUCAAUUAGCCUAUCAGAAGCUUUUAAAGUGUUUUCCAAGCUGUUUAAAGGCACAGUCAACUUAGUGUAUGUAAACUUCUGACCCACUAGAAUUGUGAUACAGUGAAUUAUAAGUGACAUAAUCUGUCUGUAAACAAUUGUUGGAAAAGUUACUUGUGUCAUGCACAAAGUAGAUGUCCUAACCGACUUGCCAAAACUAUAGUUUGUUAACAAGAAAUGUGUGGACUGGUUGAAAAAACGAGUUUUAAUGACUCCAACCUAAGUGUACUUUAUGUAAACCUCCGACUUCAACUGUAUAACAUAUUUUUUUAUAUAUGUAUUUUCACAGAGCCCUGGUUGAAUACCCCUGAUAUAGCGGAUUCUUCCAACCAUGCUUGUGUCACUGCUUACUCUUGUCUUAUGUCUAGGAGGCACCCUCUCCACAGGUGACAUGGCUGUAUGUGUAUUUAUGUAAUUCUAUAAAUCAAACUCUCAGGGUGUAUAGGUCUGGGUUGCUUUUAAGAACUUUGCGACAUAUGUGUUUGUCAAAAGUAAAAUACAAUGUUAAUUGAUUGAUUGGUGUGUUCUAGUGUUAAACUAUGUGUGAUAUGUGCCCUAGGUGGAUGGUGCCCUCGGUGUUAGGGUUAAACUAUGUGCCCUAGGUGGAUGGUGCCCUCGGUGUAAGGGUUAAACUAUGUGCCCUAGGUGGAUGGUGCCCUCGGUGUUAGGGUUAAACUAUGUGUCCUAGGUGGAUGGUGCCCUCGGUGUUAGGGUUAAACUAUGUGUGUGUGAUAUGUGUCCUAGGUGGAUGCUGCUCUCGGGGCAGAGGAGAUGGUAGAGACUCUAACUGAGAGGAAUCUGGACCUAGAGGAGAAAGUCAGAGAGCUGAGAGAGACAGUCACUGACCUGGUGAGUUCAAUCAACAAUACACCUGUCAACGCUGUUACCUUAAUGUCAACGCUGUUACCUUAAUGUCAACCCUGUUACUUUGAUAUCAAUGUCAGCUCCGUUACUUUGUAUGCUUUGUUGAGUCAACUCUGCUGGUAAGUUUUGAAUAACCAACUCUGUGUCAACUCUAUGCCCUUCAUGUGGGUCCACGACAUUGGCAAGGAGACUGUUUUAGAGACAGAGAGACACCCUUUGUGUUUGAACCCUGUGUGUGCAUGACUUUAUAUCUAAACCCCUGUCCACUCAUAACUACACAACUAUAGCUGCUCUGACCCUUAACCCGUCAACCCUGACCUCUCCCCUCCCCCCUCCAGGAAGCGAUCAAUGAGAUGAAUGACGAGCUUCAGGAGAACAGCCGAGAGACAGAGAUGGAGCUGAGAGAGCAGUUGGACCUGAACGGAGCCAGGGUGAGAGAGGCACAGAAGAGAGUGGAGGCUGCUCAGGAGACUGUAGCAGACUACCAGCAGACCAUCAACAAGUACCGCGAGCUCACCGCCAGCCUGCAGGUAUAGUUUGAAACCAUAACGUCAGUGUAGUAUCAAAUAACAUGCAAUCAGAAGAAUGACACUUAAAAACACUAACAAGCAUGUUUAGUAGUUAAAACAAGGAAUAGUUUAACUUGUUUGUCACAGUUUUGGGUUUUAAUAACAUCCUGAAUACAUUCCUUUAAGCAAAAUGGGGAAGGUGUUAGGUGACUGUGGUUUCUUUUGGUUGUUUGUAUCUAAAGUGUGUGUGUGUGUGUGUGUGUGUGUAUAGGAUGCCAACAGGGAGCUGACCAGUGUUCAGAAUGCCAACGCAGAGCAGGUCCAGCAGCCUCCUGCUGAGCUGUUUGACUUCAAGAUCAAGUUCGCUGAGACUAAGGCCUACGCCAAGGUAAGAAACACAGAUCAACAGGUUCUGGGGAAGACCCAGUUUGGGAACGAACCGUCCUGUUUAACACUUUGGGAGCAUCGUACCAGUCUGCGGAUGUACUUUUUGUUCCCAGAGAAACAUGCAUUGCAUUUAGUGUUGAAUGUACAGGUGUGUACUGUUAUUGCAGAUAAAUAAUCAGUGUGUGUGUGUCUCCAGGCCAUAGAGAUGGAGCUGAGGAAGAUGGAAGUGGGCCAGGCCAACAGACAGGUGUCUCUCCUCACCUCCUUCAUGCCCGACUCCUUCCUGCGUCACGGAGGAGACCAUGACUGUAUCCUGGUGCUGCUGCUCAUACCAAGACUCAUCUGCAAGGUAGAGAGAGAGUUCAACAUUUAACGAGGAGUGUGUCUGUAUGCUUGUUUGUCUGUUUUCAAAACGGACAUGUUCAAGAUGCCUAAUGUAUGUUCAAGAUGCCUAAUGUAUGUUUUUAAGGAUGCGAUUUGUGUGUGUGGCUAAUGCAUGUUCCCCCCUUCUUCUAGGCUGAGUUGAUCAGUAAGCAGGCCCAGGAGAAGUUUGAUUUGAACAGUAACCCUGUGGAGAGGACUGGGACGAAAAUGAGAGGACCACCUGGAGAACAACUCAGCUUCGCCUCAGGACUGGUCUACUCUCUGACCCUGCUGCAGGCCACGCUGCACAAAUACGAACAGUAAGGCGACGUGUGUCUGUCUCUCAAUGCCACUGUACUAAAUAGUUGUCAUUUACUUCAAACAUCAAAUAUUCCCCCCCCCCCCUCCCAGAGCUCUGAACUGCUGCAGUGUGGAGGUGUAUAAGCGAAUGGGGACUCUCUACUCCGAGAUGAGUGUCCAUGAGCGUUCCCUAGACUUCUUCAUUGACCUGCUGCACAAAGACCAGCUGGACGAGACUGUACACGUGGAGCCUCUCACCAAGGCCAUCAAGUACUACCAGGUUAGUACCACGCACAGAAACACGCACGGAUUCACGCUCACACUCUUCAUAUGCGCUCGAUGGCACACCUGACAGAGAGCAGAAACACUUGACCACACGCUGUACUCUCCACAGUGCCGACUCCGUCAACUCUACACUGAUAACACACAUUGUCAAGCCUCUCAUCAAUGCUGUUAAUAAUGAAUACAGCUCCAGAUUGUGUGAGGCCAUGAUUGAUGUACCAGUUUGUUUUAUGUUGCAGCAACUGUACAGCAUCCACCUGGCUGAGCAGACUGAAGACUGCACCGUGCAGCUGGCUGACCACAUCAAGGUACAACUGUCUUUUACUGAAGAAAGUAAACCUCUCUAGGCCCUGUUAAAAUCUUUCCUUUCCUACCUUCCUUGAGGUGAUCAAGAUUUCUAACAGGCCCCUAGUCUUUUCUAAGUUCAGUAACAAACAUUGUCUAACUAAACUAAAUUUGACCUUUUGACCUCUGACCUCCAGGUCAUUCAGAGUGUGCUGGACUGUAUGGGGGCUGAGGGCCUUCUUACGUUACUGAUUGACUGUCGCCUCUCUGUCCUCUCUCUCUCUGUCUCUCGCUCUCUCUGUCUCUCGCUCUCCUGUCUCUCGUCUCUCGCCUCUCCUCCUCUGUCUCUCGCUCUCUCUGUCUCUCGCUCUCUCUGUCUCUCGCUCUCUCUGUCUCUUCUCGCUCCUCGCUCUCUCUGUCUCUCGCUCUCCUGUCUCUCGCUCUCUCUGUCUCUCCGCUCUCUCUUGUCUCUCGAUCUCUCUCUUUGAUCUCUCGCUCUCUCUUUGUCGCUCGCUCUCUCUGUCUUCUCGCUCUCUUGUCUCUCGCUCUCUAUCUGGUCGCUCUCUCCUGUCUCUCUCCUUCUGUCUCUCUCUCCCUCUCUGUCUCUCUCUCUCUUUGUGUCUCUCUCUUUGUGUCUCUCUCUGUGUCUCUCUCUGUCUCUCUCUCUCUUUGUGUCUCUCUCUCUCUCUCUUUGUGUCUCUCUCCUGUGUCUCUCUCUCUCUCUCCUCCUCUCUCCUUUGUGUCUCUCUCUCUCUCUCUCGUCUCUAUUCCUUUCUCUCUCUCCUCUUCUCUCUUUGUGUCUCUAUCUCUCUCUCUCUCUUUGUGUGUCUCUCUCUCUCUCUCUCUCUCUUUGUGUCUCUCUCUCUGUCUCUGUAGUUCAUCCAGAGUGCGUUGGACUGUAUGAGUGCUGAGCUGGUGCGUCUCAGGGCUUUCCUGCAGCCGGGACAGGAGGGGGUGGCUCUGAACAUCCUUCUGAAGGACCUGGACACCACCUGCAGGUCUAAUAUAACAAUAUUUCAUAAUAUCAUUUCUAUGUAGGUAUAUUUAUUUAUAUUUAUCUCUGUUAUUUACCUCCUGCAGUGACAUCAAACAAUUCUGUAAGAAGAUCAGACGCAGGAUGCCAGGGACCGAUGUGCCAGGGGUGCCAGCUGCUCUGGCCUUUGGAGCUCCGGUAAUGUGACUAGCGUUAUACUUAGGCAUUACAUUUAGGUUGGAGAGUUUUAGCCUUGGUCAUUGGCCAAGUGUUUCACAGUAUCUUUGGCGAUCCAGUAUGGACAACAUUUCUUAGGUCUUGCACCUAACCCAAACCCAGGGUGGUCCAUACUUGCGAACGUUAGACAAAGUUUUGAAACGUCAACUUUUUUCUCUGUCUCAAAAUCCCCAUCAGCCAAUUAAAAUUGUUGACGUAGUUGCACGUGAUAGAACGCUACAUGUUAGCUGUUCCCAUCAGAUAACCUGGCACACUUAGCCCUAUGCUAACAACACCAGCUGGCCAUGACUAUUGGCUGGCGUUUGGAGCACAGGGCCUAGUGUUUACCGUUAUCUCAUAAAGUACGGUAAUGCAACUGUCAACUUUGUGGAGGUCGGAACUACUCUGUGAGAAUGUGUGACUGACAGCUCUGUGGACCAAUGGCAGGUGUCGGAGACGCUGACGGACUGCAGGCGGCAGCUGACGCGGGUGGUUGCAGUCCUACAGGAGGUGGCGGCGGCGGGGGCUCAGAUGGUCGCCCCUCUCGGGGAGCAGGAGGGGCUCAACGCUCUAAAACUGGAUGACGUGGCCUUCAAGGCUGUUGAACAGGUACUAUAAACGGCACAUUCAAACUUGUUAGCUCCCGGAGCUAAUUCUUCUUGAUUAAUGUGGACGACCUGUCUGUCACACAAUACGCUAACCAUAGGCUAAAUGUACACUACAUGCCCAAAAGUAUGUGGACACCUGCUUGUCGAACAUCUCAUUGCUGUGGCGACUUGCUUCCAUUCAGCCACAAGAGCAUUAGUGAGGUCGGGGACUGAUGUUGGGCGAUUAGUCAUGGCUCGCAGUCGGCGUUCCAAUUCAUCCCAAAGGUGUUCGAUUGUGUUGUCAGGGCUGUGUGCAGGCCAGUCAAGUUCUUCCACGCCGAUCUCGACAAACCAUUUCUGUAUGGACCUUGCUUUGUGCACGAGGGCAUUGUCAUGCUGAAACAGGAAAGGGCCUUCCCCAAACUGUUGCCACAAAGUUAGAAGCACAGAAUUGUCUGCUGUAGCGUUAAGAUUUCCCUUCACUGUAACUAAGGGGCCUAGCCCGAACCAUGAAAAACAGCCCCAGAUCAUUAUUCCUCCUCCACCAAACUUUACAGUUGGCACUAGGGUUGAAUAUUUUCCCGGUAUUUUACUAAUGUUCCAUCCUGAUAAUAAAUCACUUUUCUCCCGGGUAAUCCGGUAUUUCCCGCCAAAACCGGAAGUGUCACUCAAAAGCAUUAUAACGCAUAUAAAUAUGCCUGGAUUUGAUUAGAGCUUUGUGACCUUGUGUGGCCUACCACUUCACGGCUGAGCCGCUGUUGCUCCUAGACGUUUCCACUUCACAUUAACAGCACUUACAGUUGACCGGGGAAGCUCUAGCAUGGCAGACAUUUGAUUAACUGACUUGUUGGAAAUGUGGCAUCCUAUGACGGUGCCACGUUGAAAGUCACUGAGCUCUUCAGUAAGGCCAUUCUACUGCCAAUGUUUGUCUAUGGAGAUUGCAUGGCUGUGUGCUCGAGUUUAUACACCUGUCAGCAACGUGUGUGGCUCAAACAGCCAAAUCCAAUAAUUUGAAGGGGUGUCCACAUACUUUUGUAUAUACAGUGGGGGAAAAAAGUAUUUAGUCAGCCACCAAUUGUGCAAGUUCUCCCACUUAAAAAGACGAGAGGCCUGUAAUUUUCAUCAUAGGUACACGUCAACUAUGACAGACAAAUUGAUUUUUUUUUCAGAAAAUCACAUUGUAGGAUUUUUAAUGAAUUUAUUUGCAAAUUAUGGUGGAAAAUAAGUAUUUGGUCACCUACAAACAAGCAAGAUUUCUGGCUCUCACAGACCUGUAACUUCUUCUUUAAGAGGCUCCUCUGUCCUCCACUCGUUACCUGUAUUAAUGGCACCUGUUUGAACUUGUUAUCAGUAUAAAAGACACCUGUCCACAACCUCAAACAGUCACACUCCAAACUCCACUAUGGCCAAGACCAAAGAGCUGUCAAAGGACACCAGAAACAAAAUUGUAGACCUGCACCAGGCUGGGAAGACUGAAUCUGCAAUAGGUAAGCAGCUUGGUUUGAAGAAAUCAACUGUGGGAGCAAUUAUUAGGAAAUGGAAGACAUACAAGACCACUGAUAAUCUCCCUCGAUCUGGGGCUCCACGCAAGAUCUCACCCCGUGGGGUCAAAAUGAUCACAAGAACGGUGAGCAAAAAUCCCAGAACCACACGGGGGGACCUAGUGAAUGACCUGCAGAGAGCUGGGACCAAAGUAACAAAGCCUACCAUCAGUAACACACUACGCCGCAAGGGACUCAAAUCCUGCAGUGCCAGACGUGUCCCCCUGCUUAAGCCAGUACAUGUCCAGGCCCGUCUGAAGUUUGCUAGAGUGCAUUUGGAUGAUCCAGAAGAGGAUUGGGAGAAUGUCAUAUGGUCAGAUGAAACCAAAAUAGGCUGUUUUUCUGCAAAGGGACCAGGACGACUGAUCCGUGUAAAGGAAAUAAUGAAUGGGGCCAUGUAUCGUGAGAUUUUGAGUGAAAACCUCCUUCCAUCAGCAAGGGCAUUGAAGAUGAAACGUGGCUGGGUCUUUCAGCAUGACAAUGAUCCCAAACACACCGCCCGGGCAACGAAGGAGUGGCUUCGUAAGAAGCAUUUCAAGGUCCUGGAGUGGCCUAGCCAGUCUCCAGAUCUCAACCCCAUAGAAAAUCUUUGGAGGGAGUUGAAAGUCCGUGUUGCCCAGCGACAGCCCCAAAACAUCACUGCUCUAGAGGAGAUCUGCAUGGAGGAAUGGGCCAAAAUACCAGCAACAGUGUGUGAAAACCUUGUGAAGACUUACAGAAAACGUUUGACCUGUGUCAUUGCCAACAAAUGGUAUAUAACAAAGUAUUGAGAAACUUUUGUUAUUGACCAAAUACUUAUUUUCCACCAUAAUUUGCAAAUAAAUUCAUUAAAAAUCCUACAAUGUGAUUUUCUGGAUUUUUUUUUCUCAUUUUGUCUGUCAUAGUUGACGUGUACCUAUGAUGAAAAUUACAGGCCUCUCUCAUCUUUUUAAGUGGGAGAACUUGCACAAUUGGUGGCUGACUAAAUACUGUUUUUCCUCACUGUAUAUAGUGGAUUAUUGACAAAUGUCCUUACAUAUGUUAGGUAUAUUGAUGAGGAGUUGGUCCUCUCUGAUAACUCUCCCCCCCCCCCCCCCCCCAUCUCUCUCCCUCCCUCCAUCUCUCUCUCCCCUCCAUCUCUCUCUCUGUCUCUCUCUCUCUCUCCCCUCCAUCGCUCUCUCCCCUCCAUCUCUUCUCUCUCUCUCUCCCCUCCAUCUCUCUCUCUCUCCCCUCCAUCUCUCUCUCUCUCUCUCCCCUCCAUCUCUCUGUCUCUCUCUCCCCUCCUCUCUCUCUGUCUCUCUCCCCUCCAUCCUCUCUCCUCCCUCCCAUCUCUCUGUCUCUCUCUCUCCCCUCCAUCUCUCUGUCUCUCUCCUCCCCUCCAUCGCUCUCUCUCCCCUCCAUCUCUGUCUCUCUCUCUCCCCUCCAUCUCUCUCUGUCUCUCUCUCCCCUCCAUCUCUCUCUGUCUCUCUCUCCCCUCCAUCGCUCUCUCAUCCCCUUCCAUCUCUCUCUCUGUCUCUUUCUCCCCUCCAUCGCUCUCUCCCCUCCGAUCGCCUGUCUCUGCUCCUCUCUCCCCUCCAUCGCUCUCUCCCCUCCAUCUCUCUGUCUCUCUCUCCCCUCCAUCGCUCUCUCCCCUCCAUCUCUCUGUCUCUCUCUCCCCUCCAUCGCUCUCUCCCCUCCAUCUCUGUGGUAACUCUCUCUCCCCUCCCUCCUCUCCAGGUGUAUGGGUCCCAAGGUCUAAACCCCCAUGAGUGUCUGCGUCAGUCCUGCAGCUCUGUCAUCUCCACCAUGAACAAGAUGGCCACUGCCAUGCAGGAGGGAGAGUAUGAUGCUGAGAGACCACAGGGAAAGGUACAGAACGACAUCUCCAUAUAGCAGCUCUAUUAAAAGAGGCCCUCAAAAGCAUCUUAUCAGUUUAGAGUUAGAUACUACAAAUGGACCUUCUCCCUGAUUUUAAAAAAGUUAUACGGGACUAAGGCUGGAGGGGUAUGAGACAAGGGGGGAGCUACGGCUGGAGACUGAUUUCUUCCUCCUUUACUAGCCUUUCAAAACUAAGAGUACUAUAUAUUACAUCUGUAACAUGUCAUGAAAUAAAGUCUAGUUGUGUUGUUAAGGCACUGCCCCUCAAUGAAUUUACAUUCUCUCUCUCUCUCUCCCCCCCUCUUCUUGUUUCUCCCAUCACCCUCCCUCUACCGCUCUCCUCCCUCCCUCCCUCUACCGCCCUCCCUCCCUCUACCGCUCUCCUCCCUCCCUCUACCCCCUCCUCCUCCCUCCCUCCCUCCCUCUCACGCUCUCCUCCCUCUACCUCCCUCCCUCCUCACCGCCUCUCCCUCCCUCCCCGCUCUCCUCCCUCUACCCCCUCUCCUCCCUCCCUCCCUCUACCCCUACCUCCUCCCUACCGCCCUCCCUCCCUCCCUCCCUACCCUCCCUCCCUCCCUCUCCCCUCUACCGCUCUCCUCCCUCCACCGCUCUCCUCCCUCCACCGCUCUCCUCCCUCCCUCCCUCUACCGCUCUCCUCCCUCCAUACCGCCCUCCCUCCCUCCCUCUACCGCUCUCCUCCCUCCCUCCCUCCCUCUACCGCUCUCCCCUCCUCCCUCUACCUCCUCUCCGCCUCCCGCCCUCCCUCCCUCCCUCCCUCCCUCCCUCUACCCGCUCUCCCUCCCUCCCUCCCCACCUUCUCUCCUCCAGGCUCCCCCAGUAGAGGCUCGUGCAGCAGCCCUCAGGGCAGAGAUCACUGAUGCAGAGGGCCUGGGUGUCAAACUGGAAGACAGAGACACCGUCAUCAAGGAGCUCAAGAAGUCACUAAAGAUCAAGGUAGUCUCUCUUUCUCUCUUACACACACACUCCACACCGCUCGACUCCACACCGCUCGACUCCACACCGCUCGACUCCACACCGCUCGACUCUACUCCACUCCACAGUCAUUCUCAUCCUUCCUUUUAUUCUUAUACACAUUCACUCUAAUUUUUCCCCACAUGCACAGACACCCAUCAUCUCUAACAUUAGCACUCUCACCUCGCCUCCCUCCCUCCUGUCUCUCUAUCCCAGGGAGAGGAGUUGAGUGAGGCCCACGUCCGUCUCAGUCUCCUGGAGAAGAAGCUGGACACGUCAACUAAAGACGCAGACGAACGUGUGGAGAAGAUCCAGACCAAACUGGAUGAGACCCUGGCCCUGCUCAAGAAGAAGGAGAAGUAAGACUGUUUGGAAAGUAGGAGGUUAUUGUUAUAGAAUGUGCAGUAAAUAUGUGUAUAUGUCCAACACUGUCUCCUAGGUAUUCACUACAGAGUCUAUAGUGUUCUGGACUGUCUGUAAAGAGUAGACUAUUUUGAAAGGAAGAGGAUUGGACAGGUGUAAGCAAUAUGGUAAAGAUUUCCUCUAGCCUAUCAGAGGGCUCGGUGGCGCUAUCACCAUAUUCUUAAACCUAUCAAACCCUCAGAUCUCCAGUGAGGCUAGGGGUUGUUUUUGUUUAAACCCUGUUCCCCCCCCCCCCCCCCACACACACACACACACACACACAGGGAGUUUGAGGAGACCAUGGAUGCCCUGCAGGCAGACAUUGACCAGCUGGAGGCAGAGAAGGCGGAACUGAAGCAGCGUCUCUCCAGCCAAUCAAAGAUGACCAUCGAGGGCCUCAGGGCCCCGCCUGCCUCGGGCAUCGCCUCCAUCGUCACGGGAUCUGCCGGAGGUGAGGCUCCUGAGUCUUCUGAUACCUCACCUCACACACCUUAGUACACGCCACCUCUUAUACCUCACACGUCAUUCAUAUGAUACGUAUUCCUAAUAUUUUCAUAGUGUUAGGUUGUUGUUAUUUAUAUCUCACACGGUUUUGUUUUAUUUCUCAAUUCCUUCUUUCUCCCCCUUUAUCCCCCUCCCCACCCCUCUCUCCAGCCGGUGUUGUCCCAGGAGCAGGGGGUCUGUCUGGGCCGAUGCAGGUGGUGGACUCCCCUCUCCUCCGUCAGCAGGUGGCGGCUCAGAGACUGGGCAUCAAACACCUGAAGAACGAGAACAACAGACUCAAGGUCAGAACACUGCAGGGAUCUGACUCGUCUCUCUCUGUUCACUGCUAAUCAAAAUAUGGAUCAAUGCCUUCUUUCUUGUGUCCAGAUCACUGGCCGUCUGUGUUGUAUGUGGUUCAUUGAAUAGUCUAGUUGUCAUGGAUACAUUAUCAUUAGUAGUUCAUAUUUAUGUAUGUUUCUCUUGAUGUGGUUCAUUGAAUAGUCUAGUUGUCAUGGGUACAUUAUCAUUAGUAGUUGAUAUUUGUAUGUUUGGUGCUGUAGUUAACUGUCUGUUAAUGACUGUGUACCUGUCUCUAUUGAUAACUCUCUGUAUAUCUUCUCUCUUCUCCAGGCAGAGAAGAUGAGAGCCCAGCUAGCCUCUCUCCCUCCCCUCCACGUCCCCAAGCUACACCUGAGAGAGGCCACCUCUUCCUCCUCUCCCCCUACUGAGGGGCCUCUCCACGGGGCUCUCUACAGGAAGACUGACCAGCUCUUGGGGACCCUGCUCAAGAUGACCGCCACUGUUAAAGUGGUCGACAUCACCGGGAAGACACCAGGUGAGUGGGGAGAGAUGUGUGUUUGUUUUUGUGUGACAGGAAGUCACCAGGGCCCGGUUUCCCAAAAGCAGGCUAAGUUCAUUGUUAGAACCUCCGUAGGAGCAUCGUUAAAUCUCAGAGCUUUUUCCCAAAACCAUUGUUACUAAGGUUGCACUUGAAAACGCUUGUUAUUUACCAACUGCCUCAGACCAGUUGUAAAACAGCUAAGUACGUUGUUAGAUGCUUUUUUUGCCCUUCUGAGGCAGAAGAUCUCCGCUAAACAUUGAAUCAAGAUGUUUAUCUCUCUGUCUGUGACUGUUGAUAACUUCAGAAGUUGGCUACAAAUACAAAGUUGCCAAUAUCUUUGCAAUUGUUACAAACAAGCUAAAUAGAAAUAUGCUUCAAAUGAAAAUCGAAAUGAAUGCAUAUAUCAAUAUAAUACAGACUACACAGGCCUAUAUAUUUUGAUCGUAUUAAAAUCAAUUUAAUGUUAAUUCAGUUGAGUACUAUUUUGGUAAUUGUAGGCUGUCUGUAAUUUUUGCCUCAUAUAUUUCAUGAUGUGUAACAACAUGCCAAAUCUUGAUUUAGUGCAUUAUUAUAGGGUAAACAUUAGAAUAAGCUGCCUCAAUAUUUGCAGCCAUGGGUGAUAAUAUCUUUCUAGGAGCUGAUUCGUCAUCAGUAUUGUGAAAUAAUUAUAAUGUUAAGGUAAGAUUUGAAUUGAGAAAGCUGAUUUGACAGCAGCGCUGCAUUUCUUUCGAUCCUAUCAGUAUCGACACUAUGCCUCAAUGAUGCACUUAGCGAACGUUCUCUCUGCGUGGGUGUUUUGGGAAACACGUUACAUCUUCGGCCGUUGUAGGAAAGAUGCAUCGUUAAAACACUCGUAAGCCUAAGUUCUAUCGGGAAAUCGGGCCCUGGUCUGUGUGUGUGAAGGGUUUCGUUUCAGUACAGGUACAGUGCCUUCAGAAAGUAUUCACAUCCCUUGACUUUUUCCACAUUGUUGUUACAAUUAAAUCCAUUUUAAUCAUACUUUGUAUUUUUUUUGUCAACGAUCAACACAAAACACUCUGUCAAAGUGGAAGAAGAAUUCUAACAUGUAUGAAAAAUAAAACACUAUCUUAAUCAGAUACGUUUAACCCCCAGAGUCAAUACAUGUUAGAAUCACCUUUGGCAGCGAUUACAGCUGUGAGUAAGUCUCUUAAGAGCUUUGCACACCUGGAUUGUACAAUAUUUGCACAUUAUUCUUAAAAAAAUUAGUUGAGCUCUGUGAAGUUGGUUGUUGAUCAUUGCAAGACAGCCAUUUUCAAGUCUUGCCAUAUAUUUUAAAUUAGAUUUAAGGCAAAACUGUAAUUAGGCCACUCAGGAACAUUGUAUCCAGUGUAUAUUUGUCCGUGUGUUUUAGAUUAUUGUCCUGCUGAAAGGUGAAUUUGUCUUCCAUUGUCUGUUGGAAAGCAGACUGAACCAAGUUUCCCUGUACGAUUUUGCCUGUGCUUCGCGCUAUUCCGUUUAUUUUUAUCCCUCCAAAAAACUCCUUAGUCCUUGCCGAUGACAAGCAUACCCAUAACAUGAUGCAGCCACCACCAUGCUUGAAAAUGGGAAGUGGUACUCAGUGACGUGUUGUAUUUGACCUAAACAUAACGUUUUCUAUUCAGGACAUAAAGAUAUUUCUUUGCAGUAUUACUUUAGUGCCUUAUUGCAAACAGGAUGCAUGUUUUGGAAUAUUUGUAUUCUGUACAGGCUUCCUUCUUUUCCCUCUGUCAUUUAGGUUAAUAUUGUGGAGUGAACUACAAUGUUGUUGAUCCAUCCUCAGUUUUCUCCUAUCACAGCCAUUAAACUCUGUAACUGUUAUAAAGUCACCAUUGGCCUCAUGGUGAAAUCCCUGAGCAGUUUCCUUCCUCCGGCAACUGAGUUAGGAAUGACGCCUGUAUCGUUUGUAGUGACUGGGUUGUAUUGAUACACCAUCCAAAGUGUAAUUACUAACUUCACCAUGCUCAAAGGGAUAUUCAAUGUCUGCUUUUUAUUUUGUUUUACCCAUCUACCAAUAGGUGACCACCUUUGAGAGGCAUUGGAAACCUCCCUGGUCUUUGUGGUUGAAUCUGUGUUUGAAAGUCACUGCUCAACUGAGGCACCUUACAUAUCAUUUUAUGUUUGGGGUACAGAGAUGAAAAAUCAUUUUAAACACUAUUACUGCACGCAGAGUGAGUCCAUGCAACUUUUUAUGUGACUUGUUAAGCACAUUUGUACUCCUGAAUUUAUUUAGGCUUGCCUUAACAAAGGGGUUGAAUACUUACUGACUCAAGACAUUUCAGCUUUUCAUAUUUUUUAUGAAUUUGUAAAGAAUGUCAAACAUAAUUCCACUUUGACAUUAAUGGGGGAUUGUGUGUAGGCUAGUGACACAAAUUCUGAAAUGUAAUCCAUUUUAAAUUCAGGCUGUAAAAACAAAAAGUGUGAAUACUUUCUGAAGGCACUGUAUAUGUCUAUUUGAGUUGGUAUAUAUCAGUUCUUAUCGAACUCUUUCUCUCCUACAGUGAGUGCUAGUGCUCAGCUCUUGGACCAGACAGCUCGGCUGCAGAGCCUGAGUGACGCCCUGGACAAACUGAAGGUGACUUCACUAUUACUAGGGGUUGAUAAUAUAAAUUCAUUGUAUUUAUCUUCACCUCAGAUUUUGUCCACUAAUCUCUCUGUUUUUCAUGGAAAUGGUCAUAACAUCAAGUCUCUCUACCCCCCCCCCCCCCCCCCCCCCCCUCUCUCUCUCUCUCUCUACCCCCCCCCCCUCUCUCUCUCUACCCCCCCCCCUCUCUCUCUCUCCACCCCCCCCUCUCUCUCUCUCCACCCCCCCCUCUCUCUCUCUCCAACCCCCCCCUCUCUCUCUCUCCACCCCCCCUCUCUCUCUCCCCCCCCCCCCUCUCUUCCACCCCCCCCUCUCUCUCCACCCCCCCCCUCUCUCUCUCCACCCCCCCUCUCUCUCUCCACCCCCCCUCUCUCUCUCCACCCCCCCCUCUCUCAACCCCCUCUCUCUCUCUCUAAUCCCCCCCCUCUCUCUCUUCUCUACCCCUCCCUCUCUCCCUCUCUCUCUCUCUCCCUCUCUCUCUACCCCUCCCUCCCUCUCUACCCCUCUCUCUCUCUCUACCCCCUCCCUCUCUCUCUCUCAGGGUGAAGUGUCAGAGCAUGUGGUUUCUCAGCAGCCUGGGGCAAAGGUCUCCUCUGACUUUGCCACCUUUCCCAUCUCGUCUUUCGUCAAGGUAACAUGCACAAGGACACACGGACAUCACAGACUGUCUUAGUUGGCACUCAAACAAAUGCUUGGAACACAUCUCAAUGCAACAGAUAUCUGGUGGAGGCAUCAACCUGUAUUUGUUAUCCUUUGAUGUCCUCUUUCUCAUCCACCUGUCUUCUCAGGCGAAGGAGGAGAAGCAGGGAGGCACGGUGUUCGUAGGGCGCGUUGCCAUCCCGUGUGCCAAGGGCCAGGAGCAGGUGCACCGUCUUGUCCUCUCACAGCAACACCUGCAGCAAGUGCACCGCCUCCUCUUAACCUAA